GGCGCCGCAGCUGCGGGGGGCGGAGGCAGAGGCCGGCGGGGAGGGGACAGGAGGAGCCAAGGGGCCUAGAGGGCUCUGCGAAAACUGUAGGAGGCCGGCGGCCGGCGGGAGAGGCGUCCGAGGGGCAGCCUGCUUCCCAGAACUACCAACCCGCAGACGCUGCCUAAAGGGCGGGCAGACAGACAGCCGGGAGGGCCAGCAUGCCCCCACUGUUGUUGCACCCCGCUCUGCCGCUGCUGCUGGGCGCCACGCUGACCUUCCGGGCGCUCCGCCGCGCGCUCAGCCGCCUGCCCCUGCCUGCGCACGUGCGCGCCGACCCCCUGCGCACCUGGCGCUGGCACAACCUGCUCGUCUCCUUCGCGCAUUCCAUUGUGUCAGGGAUCUGGGCACUGCUGUGUGUAUGGCAGACCCCGGAGUUGCUGGUGGAGAUUGAGACUGCAUGGUCCCUUUCCGGCUAUUUGCUCGUCUGUCUCUCAGCAGGGUAUUUCAUUCACGAUACAGUGGACAUCGUGGUUAGUCAUCAGGCUCGUGCUUCUUGGGAAUACCUGGUCCAUCACAUCAUGGCCAUGGGUGCCUUUUUUUCUGGCAUCUUUUUGACCCGUUUUGUUGGAGGAGGUGUCUUAACACUACUAGUGGAAGUCAGCAACAUCUUCCUCACCAUAAGAAUGAUGAUGAAGAUUAAUAAUGCCCAGGAUCAUCUCCUCUACCAGGUCAACAAGUAUGUCAACCUAGUGAUGUACUUUCUCUUCCGCCUGGCUCCACAGGCCUACCUCACCCAUUUCUUCCUACGUUACGCUGGCGAGAGGACUCUUGGAAGUUUUCUGCUUAGUAUCCUGUUAAUGCUGGAUGUUAUGAUCCUCAUCUACUUUUCUCGCCUCCUCCGUUCAGACUUUUGCCCUGAUCGGGCUCCCAGCAGGCAACACAAAGACAAGUUUUUAACUGAAUGAGAGUAAGAGCCUGGCAAUGGACUGGUGACAAGGACAGCAAACAGCCAAGAAAGGCCUUAACCUGAGAUGAGACCAGCCUUAACUUAGGGUGUGGUGUGUCCCCUGGGACUGGCAUGUCUGCCUUUGAAGCUCAGUAUCCACUAUUGAAAAACACUAAUGAAAGCA